AUGGGGCAUUUACAUUUAAAAGGGCUGAACCAGCUCAAGGAAAAGGAGAUGGUGCAUGGUCUACCACAUCUGGAAGCUGUAGAUGGAGUCUGUGAAGGAUGUCAGUUUGGGAAACAACAUAGAGAAUGGUUUCCUAAGAACAAAGCCUGGAGGGCAAGUACACCCCUUGAGCUAAUACACAUGGACUUGUGUGGACCAAUGCAAACUGAGUCCCUGGCAGGUAAUAAAUAUUUUAUGCUGCUCAUAGACGAUUUUACAAGGUUGACUUGGGUCUACUUCUUGAGAUACAAGUUAGAUGCACUAAAUUGUUUUCGAAAAUUCAAGUCUAUGGUAGAGCUGCAAAGUGGUUUUAAAGUGAAAUGUGUAAGAAGUGAUAAAGGAGGAGAAUUCACAUCCAGUGAAUUCGAUAGGCUGUGUGAAGAGGCAGGUAUUCAAAGGCAGUUUUCUAUGGCAUAUACUCCACAACAAAAUGGAGUGGUAGAAAGAAAGAAUAGGACGGUGGUAGAAAUGGCAAAGGCUAUGUUACAUGAGAAGGAGCUACCUUACUAUCUGUGGGCAGAGGCUGUACAUAUUGCCGUGUACCUAUUGAAUAGAUGUCCUACCAAGGCACUCAGAAACAAAACUCCUUUUGAAGCGUAUAGUACAAGGAAACCAGGUGUUGCUCAUUUAAAAGUGUUUGGCAGCGUCUGCUUUGUACAUAAACCAGCUGAAGGGAGACAAAAAUUGGAUGCCAAGAGCACAAAGGGAGUGUUUGUUGGUUAUGCUACUUGUGAAAAGGGUUAUAGAGUCUUUGACCCUAUCACUAGGAAGCUCUUAUUGUCAAGGGAUGUUGUGUUUGAUGAAGGAGCAACCUGGAAUUGGAAGGAAGCAACUGAAAAUUCUGUGAUAAUGGUGAAUGAAGAAGUGCAGCCUAGGAAUACUCAAGUGGAAGUGUUUGAGACACCUGCAGGAAAUAGAAAUUCUGGUUUCAGACCUUUAGACUCAAUUUCUUAUGGAGUAUCAAGCAAGGCAAGCAGCAGAUUGGAAGACACUCAGAACUUUGAUCACACUCCUUUGAAAUGGAGGAAGUUGGAUGACAUUUUGGCACAAUGCAAUCUGUGCACAAUGGAGCCUGAGAAGUUUGAAGAAGCUGUGAAGGAUGAGUCAUGGAUGAAGGCAAUGAAAGAUGAGUUGAACAUGAUAGAAAAGAAUGAUACAUGGGAGCUUGUUGACAGACCUAUGGACAAACCAGUGAUUGGGGUUAAAUGGGUGUUUAAAACUAAGCUAAAUCUGGACGGUUCAGUACAGAAGAAUAAGGCAAGAUUGGUGGCUAAAGGAUACUCACAAAAACCAGGGGUGGACUACAAUGAAACAUUCGCACCAGUGGCUAGAUUAGACACAAUCCGGACUCUAAUUGCACUUGCAGCUCAGAAGGGUUGGCAGCUGUAUCAAUUAGACGUCAAGUCAGCCUUUCUAAACGGUGUCUUAGAGGAAGAAGCGUAUGUAGAUCAGCCGGAGGGAUUUGUGAUGAAGGGGAGUGAAAGCAAGGUUUACAAGCUGCACAAAGCUCUCUAUGGCUUGAAACAGGCGCCAAGAGCUUGGUAUAGUGAAAUUGAUGGUUACUUUGCUGAGUGUGGUUUCACAAAAAGCCAAAGUGAAGCUACUCUUUAUGUCAAAGCAAGAGGUGAAGCAAGCAUAUUGAUAGUAUCCAUUUAUGUAGAUGAUAUUGUCUACACUGGAAAUGAUCAAGAGAUGUUAGAAGACUUCAAGAAGGACAUGAAGGAGAAAUAUGAAAUGACUGAUCUGGGGCUCUUGCAUCACUUCUUGGGAAUGGGAGUCAUUCAAACACCAACAAGCAUAUUCAUUCAUCAGAAGAAAUAUGCAACAACUCUGUUAAAUAGAUUUGGUUUGAGUGAGUGUAAACCGGUGUCUAUUCCACUAGUUACCUCGGAGAAACUAAGUAAGGAUGAUGGGAGUGGUUUGGCAAGUGAAGAGCAAUAUAGAAGGAUUGUUGGGAGUCUGCUGUAUCUCACAGCUACUAGACCCGACAUUAUGUUUGCAACUAGUUUGCUUGCAAGGUUUAUGCAUUGUCCCACUAGCAAACACCUUGGAACAGCAAAACGUAUCCUUAGAUAUGUAAAAGGAACCUUGGAUUAUGGUCUGGAGUAUGUGAAAGGAAAAGGGGCAGUUCUAAUUGGCUAUUUUGACAGCGAUUGGAGUGGCUCAGUGGAUGAUAGCAAAAGCACAUCUGGAUACGCUUUUUCUUUUGGGAGUGGAGUGUUUGCUUGGGCCUCAGUCAAGCAAAAUUGUGUUGCACUCUCUACUGCAGAAGCUGAAUACAUCAGUGCCUCUGAAGCAACAACACAAGCUAUUUGGUUGAGAUUUGUCAUAGAAGACUUUGGAGAACUUCAAACAGAAGCUACACCUCUCCACUGUGACAACAUUUCAGCUAUUGCCAUUACAAGGAAUCCUGUUUUCCAUCAGAAAACCAAGCAUAUUGAUCGGAGGUAUCAUUUUGUUAAAGAUGCUUUGCAAGAAGGAACUGUGGAUUUGAUCUAUUGUCCUACGAAUGAGCAACUAGCAGAUAUCUUUACAAAGGCUUUGGCCAAGGAUCGGUUCAGCUAUCUUAGAGAGAAGCUUGGUGUGAAAUCAGCUCACAACUUAAGGGGGAGUGUUGAAAUGUAA